AUGAUCCGUUGUCUUCAUACGGCGGGCGAGCGUAAUUGCUUCAUGGGACACUCCAAAGGAGCGAACACCAUUGGAGACCACACAAUCAUCAUCUGGGACAUUAAGGCAAAGCAGCAGCUUCAUGUCCUCCAGGGUCAUACAAACCAUGUCGUCUCGGUCGAUAUUUCACCAGACGGCAAACAGAUUGUUUCUGAUGUGGCCACUGGCGCCUCACGAAUAGUUGGUCAACAUGCCGGUUUUGCCUUUUGCGUUAGAUAUUCUCCCGAUGGCAAGACAAUCGCCAGUACAUCUGAUGAUCGUACUAUCAGGAUCUGGAGCCCCUACCCUGACCUUCUUAGUCCUAGUGGUUCAAUGCUGCAUUGUAUUUGGCAUACUGCAUGGACCACUAGCCUAUAA